CUUAAAUCCUGAUUGAAAAAAACUCUGUCAGAGCAAUAACCAUCUCUCUCUCUCUCUCUCUCUUUCUCUCUCUCUCUCCAUAGAACAGAGAGGAAAACAUACUUUAUAGGGUUCGUACACCGCCAUUAACAUAAUCAUAACUAUAUGCGAGUAUAUAUCUCUGUAUUGGCUCUGUAUUUAUAUCUAUAUAUAGUUUUUUGUGUGCAAAUCAGCACAGUAGAUAAAGCUGAAUCCGGAGACUUUCUCUCUCUAAAAUCUUUGGGGUUGGGGUCGCAUCCAUGGCUAUUCGCAGAGAAGGUCCGCUGAUGAGAAACGGCGGGUACUCGCUUCGCGGAUCGAGACUUGCGGUGGCCAUCGCGAUCGGAGUUGCUAUCGGAUGCGUCUUCGCCUUCUUGUACCCUCACGGCUUGUUCGAUUCCACUCCGAUUCGCACCAGUCGAAUCGCCAAAUCUGAUCUUCAGGUUGAUUUAUCGUCUUGUGAAUCAUCCGAACGGGUUAACAUGUUGAAGUCCGAGUUUGUAGCUGUUUCAGAGAAAAAUAAAGUGUUGAAAAAACAGAUUAGGGAAUUGACUGAAAAGAUUCGGCUGGCCGAGCAAGGAAAAGAUCAGGCACAGAAACAGGUUUUGGUGCUGGGUGAACAGCAUAAAGCUGGCCCUUUUGGUACUGUUAAGGGUUUGAGAACCAACCCGACUGUUAUUCCUGAUGAAUCAGUGAAUCCAAGAUUAGCAAAGAUACUUGAGAAAGUUGCUGUAAACAAGGAGCUUAUAGUUGCCCUUGCUAAUUCAAAUGUGAAGGACAUGUUGGAGGUCUGGUUCUCUAGCAUCCAGAAAGUGGGUAUACCCAAUUAUUUGGUCAUUGCCUUGGAUGAAGAGAUCGCCAAUCUUUGCCAAUCAAAGGAUGUUCCUGUGUAUAAGAGAGACCCAGAUGAAGGAAUUGAUUCAGUUGCCAGGACCGGAGGAAACCAUGCUGUUUCCGGAUUAAAAUUCCACAUCUUGAGGGAGUUUUUGCAGUUGGGUUACAGUGUUCUUCUCUCAGAUGUCGAUAUAGUGUAUUUGCAAAACCCUUUUUAUCAUCUUUAUCGGGACUCAGAUGUGGAGUCCAUGACCGAUGGUCACAAUAACAUGACAGCUUAUGGGUAUAAUGAUGUGUUUGAUGAACCUUCAAUGGGUUGGGCUCGCUAUGCUCAUACAAUGCGGAUAUGGGUGUAUAAUUCUGGUUUCUUUUACAUAAGGCCAACAAUACCUUCUAUUGAGCUUCUUGAUCGUGUGGCUGGUCGCCUUUCUCGGGAACCGAAGUCAUGGGACCAGGCAGUUUUCAAUGAGGAGCUCUUCUUCCCUUCACAUCCUGGAUACGAAGGUCUUCAUGCUGCUAGGAGAACUAUGGAUUUCUAUCUCUUUAUGAAUAGCAAGGUCUUGUUCAAAACAGUUAGGAAAGAUGCUAACCUGAGCAAGCUUAAACCAGUGAUCGUUCACGUGAAUUACCACCCCGAUAAGCUUCCAAGAAUGAAAGCAGUGGUGGAAUACUAUGUCAACGGCAAGCAAGAUGCGUUGAAACCUUUUCCAGAUGGUUCAGAUUGGUAACCUUGUUUUUUCUCAUUAGGAAAGCUAAUUUUCUCUUGUUUGAUAGGUUUUUAAGGCUUGUAUUUUGUAACACUGGUAUAUCGUACAUGUUUGAGUGUAUUUCAGCUUUUACUUUCUUUGUUCCAGAAUUGUUGUGUUCCUCUGCUUUUCAAAUAUGGUUUUUUUAUUUAUAAUUUAUUAUUUUCAGCCUAUGCUUUUUAAAACUA